AUGGAAGAUCCCGCUGUUUACAAAAGUCUUAUAGAGAAAACCAGGCCUCAACGGAAGAAUUCUUCUUUACCACCGUCAAAGCUACUGCUGACUGCUAUUCUUGUGGCGUUAGGAGGUCCAUUUAAUUUCGGAUAUCAGUUGCUGAUCACAAAUCCCGCUCAGGAAGCUUUCCUGCAAUUUCUGAAUGGUUCUCAUUUUUUGAGUAAGAACGAAUAUUUGGAAAGAGAGGAACUCGAGGGACGAUGGUCUUUCAUUAUAUCGCUUUUCUUCUGGGGUUGUACAACAGGAGCGUUUUUAAUCAGAGGACUGUCUGAUAAGUUCGGACGCAAAAUCGCUUUACAGAUCUCUCAUGCUCUUCAAAUUGCAUCUUGCGGGCUUACCAUAUUCAGUUAUUUGCAAACCAACACUGCAACCUAUGCAGUAGCACGAUUUUUACUUGGAUUCUCGAUUACGAUAUCUUUGGGGAUAGCGCCAAUGUUUAUAACUGAGUGCAGGAAUGCAGGAAUUCCUCAUUUCAGCCCUAAAGAAUGCAGAGGAGUGACGUCGUUGACGAAUGGGGUUGUGCUGCAGAUUGCUCUUGUAGUGGGAGCAGUCCUUGCAAUGCCACAACUGUUCGGAACCGUCCACGAUUGGUGGAAACUUUACGCAGCCGAACUGAUUCUCACCACACUCGUCAUGCUCCUCGUGCCGUUUAUUCACGACAGUCCCGGAUUUCUUCACUCCCGAGGGUUAGGACAUGACAGCCAACGUUCCUUGAGCUUUUACCACAGUAUUGAGGGUAGUGCUCUGAAAUUAACGAUGAGGCAACUGGAAGAGGAAAACGGAGAUGGGCAACAACUCGGACUCAUAUCAGUGUGGAAAGAUCAAACAGCACGUCGAGGGACACUGGUUGGUGCUGUCGUGAUGAUGUCGAUGGCGAUGAGCGGAAUUGCAGCUAUCAAUGCAUUUGCAUUUGAAAUCCUACUCUCCACUGGGUUAGAUGUUCUACAAGCUUCAAUUGGAAAUAUAAUAAUUUGCAUCAUGAGUCUGCUCGGUAUCCUGACAUCAUCAUUCAUUAUUGAUCGAUUUGGAAGACGUAUUUUAUUGUUAUCCACUUACACGCUUCUCGCUGUUAUAAACAUUGCUAUCGCUGCUUUGAUGUUUGGUUUUGAGUAUGCCAAGGUUGGCUAUCCAUUGCUCAUAGCUAUCUGCGUUUUCAAUUUUGUGUUCGCUGCUGGACCCGGUCCAGUUUCGUUGUUCAUUACCGCUGAAUUAGUGGGUCAGAGCGCGAGAGGCGCUGCUUGCACAUGGGUCAAUGUCCUUAUGUGUUUGUUGAGAUCUCUUCUAACUGCUAGCUAUCUCCCACUAAAAAAUCUUAUCGGCCAACCGCUAUCGUAUUUCUUAUUGUUUUUCCCUCCUAUGGUUCUCACCGUUUUUCUUCUCUACUUCUUCCUCCCUGAGACAAAAGGAAAGACGCCUACAGAAGUCGAAGACGAAUGGGAGAAUCUUCCAAAACUCUGUAAAUCACGGCAAAGUCAUGAAAAACCAGGAGUGGAAGUAAAAGUUCAGUUUUCUUAG